AUGUUCAGAACCAAACGUAAAGAACAUCAUCAAAUUGUUCAAACAUUAGGACAAAUGCAAACUGAUGUCAAACGAUACAAAGCUGUACAAAUCCUCAUGGACCAAAUCUUUAAGGUGCUCAAUGAAAGUCGCAUUACUCUUACAAGCGCUGGUUUUGUCCCAUCGAUUUCUCCUUUCCCAACAGAAGAAACGACUCGUGAACAAUUAUCAUUACUCCUUGAAAAUGUUCUUUUUCUCGGUGAUCUUGCCCUUUUCUUCCCUGACGUAUUCCACCGUUUCUACGACAAAGAUCAACAACGUCGAACGCUGACAUCAUGGUCGUAUUCAUUCGCUGCUGAGACUGAGUUUUACGAUGAAAAGUCUUUAGAAAUUUUAUCAUUAAUGGCUCAAGAACUCAAUUUAAUCGAGCGAUCACCUUCAUUUCAUAAUCCAUAUGUUUUCAAUGGAAAUCAUGCAAAAAAACCAGCUGUAACCGUUGACGAUCUACCAGAACAAACGUUGAAGAAAAAAUCAAAGGAAAAAAUCAAGAAGAAACGAGUUUUGUUUGAUGAUUCAUUGAUCAUUUCAGGCCCUGGUCUGUCCGGUAGCCGUAUUGAAUUAUGA